UUGAAAUAAACGCUGUUUCAAAUAUCCUUUUUUAAACAAUUGCAUUUUGGUAUUCAGUGUUAAAUGUUCAACAUUGGCGAGUCUACGAACUUGUUUCGCAACAUCGCUCUGCCGCGUGCGGAAGAGAUGGAUCUCAUGGGAUCAAUCACCAGUAGUCUGGGGGUGCUUGCGGCGAGGCCCAUAGUCCUGUUGCUGGAGACCGCAUUGACACUGUUUUCUAUGUUCAACCUAGAUGUAGCUGAAUAUCCUCUGGAUUACUCUUCAAAAGUUUCAGCUGUGGAACAUGCCGACUUCAUUAUAGUAGGCGCUGGUUCGGCGGGCUGCGUGCUGGCCAACAGACUGACUGAGAUCAGCAACUGGACGGUCAUGCUUGUGGAGGCGGGGGACUAUCCUUCAUUUAAAUCUACGCUUCCUGGUUUAUUUUUAUUCGUGGACUACUCUUACGAAGAUUGGAACUACUAUAGUGUCAACGAUGGGUACACGAGUCAAGCGCACAUAACCAAAAAUAUUCAUUUUACUAGAGGCAAAAUGCUCGGAGGAUCCAGCGGUGCUAACUACAUGUUUUACGUUAGAGGUAAUAAGAGAGACUACGACGAAUGGGAGGAAAAUGGAUUAGAGGGAUGGUCUUGGGACUCUGUCCUGCCAUACUUUAUAAAGAGCGAGCGUCUACGUUCAGAUGAAAUAUUGUCAAGCCCUUCAGCUGAUCUGCACGGCACAGAUGGAUAUCUAGGCGUAACCCGGCCGACCUGGCAAGGAAGAGUAGAAAAUGAUUUGGCAGCGUUCAAGGAAAAUGGACAUGAAAUUCUGAUAGAUACUAAUGGAUACAAACAGUUAGGAUAUUCCUUACCUACAUACACUAUAGACAACAAGAUUCGACAGAGCACGUCGGUUGCAUACCUUAGGCCUAUAAAAGACCGUAAAAAUCUGCGAGUAUUAACAAAAACUUAUUGCAGGAAGAUUUUAUUUGAUGAAAACAUGCGAGCAGUUGGUGUAGAGGUAAAUCUCCCAAAUGGAAAUAUUGUAAAUCUCAUGGCUGAUAAAGAAGUCAUACUUUCAGGUGGGGCUUUCAAUAGUCCACAACUAUUAAUGUUAUCCGGCAUCGGUCCCAGGAAACAUCUCGAAGAAAUGGACAUAAAAGUUUUAUUCGAUUCACCGAAUGUGGGUGAAAAUCUCCAGGAUCAUCCUCUAGUUCCAAUAGUUAUUAAUAAAGGAAGGAAUGCUUCAUCGUUCGUUGAAAAUGUAGAAAUAAUAAACAAUCUAGACAAAUUUCCUAAUCCUGCGUUAAUGGGACACGUCGCAUUGAAUAAAUCGCAAACCUUUCCAGAUUAUCAAACUAUAGCGUACCCGGUUAGCGCUGGAUCUAUUCUACCUACAAUCCUUUGUUCCCAUGUAUUUAGAUACGUUAAUGAUUAUUGUGUUUCAAUGACGCAAGUUAUGGAGAAAAAUCAAGCGCUCAUUACGGGUGUUUCUCUUCUGCGACCGGAAUCCAAAGGAAGGGUCUACUUGAAAAGCAAAGAUCCGAAGAAGAAGGCACUUAUCGUUAGUGGAUAUUAUACGAACCCUAGUGACUUGGAAAAACACACGCGGAGUGUGGAGGAUUAUUUGACUGUUCUAAACACACCGCAUAUGAGAAAACUUAAUGCGACGGUGUUUGAUUAUUUAAGGCAGUGUAGGGGUAUAAAGAAGAAUUCUCAUAAGUUUUGGAAAUGCUAUAUUUUGAAUACGGUUACAACUUUAUGGCAUCCUGUAGGAACAUGUGCUAUGGGACCUAAGGGACAAGGCGUCAUCGAUUCCAGAUUUCGCGUAUACGGUACUAAAGGACUUAGGGUCAUUGAUGGCAGUGCCAUGUGGAAGAUAGUUAGAGGAAACACAAACGCACCAAUAAUAAUGAUGGCUGAAAAGGGUGCUGAUGAGAUUAAAAAGGCUUACGGUAUAAAUAUUUAAGUAAAAAAAAAAUAACAAUAAAAACAGUGAAGGAAAAAAUAUGUGUUU